CAAAACAAUUCCUCUAUGUUUGUUAUAUGUUCAUUGGGUGGUAAUAAUUCCUUCUUUGGUCAAGCUAUUCAGGUGCAUGAUAUCUUCACUUCUGUUGAGUCGAAGGCGUUUGUUAAAGCUGCUGAGUCACUUGGGUUUGCUCACCAAGGUAGUCUUGGCCCAACAAAAGGCAAAGCAUACAGAGAUAAUGAUCGUGUUUCUGUGAAUGAUCCAGUUCUUGCAAAUACAAUAUGGGUAUCUGGACUCAACAAAUUAUUUUUUGAUUUUAAGAUACGAGGCAAAGUUGCUGUUGGGUUGAAUCCGAAUAUCAGAUUCUACCGAUACAAGGUUGGUCAGCGUUUUGGACGGCAUAUUGAUGAGAGCGUUGAUCUUGGAGAUGGAAAGCAUACCCAUUAUACUUUGUUGAUAUAUUUAAGUGGUGGUUUCAAACCCAAAUAAAAAAGUGAUAAGAGCAACCCCUCAAGACUCUUCUAACAUCUAGUUGGAGGAGAGACUGUCUUCUACGGUCCCAAAAAUGGUGUUGUAGCUGAGGUGAAUCCCAUUUUCCUUAGGCUGUAUGUUCUACAUUGUUGUACAUUUUGUUAUAUUGCUUUUGUAACUUGCUUAAUUUGAGUAAGGCAAAGCCUUUAAUGAUGGUAUGGCUCUGCUUCUCAUUCAUGGUGAUAAGUGUAUGUUGCAUGAAGCUCGGAAUGUUUCUAAGGGUGUUAAGUAUGUGUCACGAUCAGAUGUAACUUUUGCUUGAUCAAGCUUAUGUAGAUCCUGCAGCCUUGGUACGUUCUUCAUAUUC